CUUUUCAAGUAAUUUUUGGAAGCCCUUGUACGUGUUCAUGAAACCAUUCCUGAAUUCAGGAGACUCACGAGCUUAUGAAUGAGAACAUUUCACCAAACAUUCAGGAGACUCACGAGCAAAAUAAGGUAUUACUUUUAUUUUAAAACCUUUAAUAAAUAUAAAGCAACUAUCAAAAUGACUGGAUAUCCUUGAAUCUAAACCAUCACAGGAUGUAGAAAGCAGAGUUCAAAAUACCUUUGAGAUCGGAGCAAAUGUGGAGAUUUCAUCACAAGAUGACAAUACUUGUCAUAAAUGGUAUCCAGGAAAUGUGUUGGCAACAUAUUUGGUUGAUGGGGUUGAGAUGGUGAAAGUUGAGUACUCCGCACCGUCUCUGGACGAAAAGAAGAGGAAAAGGAGUGUUGAGACACGUGUAUCAAUUGACAGAAUACGUCCUCAACCACCACCUGAGAGACCUGGAGCGAAGAAAAGUUAUGAGCUAAUGGAUGACGUAGAGGUGUUCGACAAUGGUGCCUGGUGCGCUGGAAAAGUUAAAGUCAUUUUGUUUGAUGGCACGUGUUUUGUCUCUUUGAACAAUUCUACUGAACAAAUUUACUUCAACCAUUCUGAGAUGCGAAAACCAAGAAAAUGGGUAGAUGGUGUUUGGAAGAUGACAGAAAAGGUAAAACAAAUGCCUUGGAUAACUUGAAUUGAAAAAUAAUGUCAUUUGUUUAAUAUCUCGGUAUUUUUUUCAGAUAGAAGAAGAGCAGACGCAGAGUGUGAAUCCCAGUGAAGGAGAUGGUGAUGAAAAGGUAUGAAAUAUUUAUACAUCAUACUAGGAAUUAAGAUAUAAAUGUAUCUGAAUUUUUGUCAUUCAAAAAGGGGAAGGCGAAGGCUGUCGCUUGUAAGAAGAAGAAGAAAGCAAAUGCUCAGCCAGUAGAUUUGCUUCCUUUUCUACAGCGAGAAGAGAAGAGGCCAAUACGACCUAGAAACCCUCCUAUGCCUGUAACACCUGAGGUAAUCCUUCCAAUUGAUCCAUUUGUGACACCUGAAUUUCCUCGGUUUUCAAGGCUUGCACACUGGAUGGAUCUACGGGGCAUAUAUCGUGUACCGUUUUAUAUCAAUGGAAGAGAAAUUGAAAAAGAGUUCUUUCAAAAAAUGGACGAUGCAGAAAAGAAUCUCAACAAAGAGCACAUAAAUGUUGCAUUUGAAAUGCUAAAUUGUAAGAGGGUUGAGCAAGGUGCUUGGUUCCGCAACAACAAUCUUCCAGCAGCAUGCUUUGUACCAGUCAGAUUCUUAGAAGUGGUUGGGUACGCUUAUGAAUCUGUCAGGAAGCCACAUAAGAAAAAACAAACGUUAUUGGAGGGCUGUGUAGGCGAACUUGUGAAAGGUUUAAUACAUCCAAAGAAGGUAUGGCUGGAAGAUGUUGAUGUUAUAUAUGGUGUCAUUGAAGAUAAGUUGAGCUAUCACUAUAUUGGGGUGGAGAUACAAUUGAUUGAUAACACAAUCACACUCUUCCAUUGUGGUCUUCCAAAAGCAAAUAUCAAACGUGCUCUUAAUCAAAUCCAAGAACUGGCAGGUAAAAACUCUUUGUGAUUUAUUAAUUUUAUCAUUCAGUGUAGAAAAAUCAGUUUUAUUUAUAUUGUUACAUUGAUUAUGGAUAGGAUUGUGAAAGUAUGCGUAUCCUGAAAAAAGAAUUUUAGCUAAUUUAGAAAAUAAAAGUUUGUCUCUUGCUGCU